GGGGGGGGGGGUGGAACUUGACCUCAUGCAAAAAAAAAGGGGACUCCAUCCUUGAGUUUGUCUCAUCAUCUUUUCAUCCAUCUCCCACUCUCUUUUUCCUCCCUUCCCACUCUUCUUCACCUCCACCCUACUCCACUCGCAAAACACAAACACAGACCCAAAAGGAAACAAGACAAGCAAAAUAGCAAAAAUGGCUGCCGUCAACAACGAUCAGAUCAAGGGACUGAAGGACGCGUUCAACUUGUUUGACCGCAAGGGUACGGGCAAUGUCCCUACAAGUUCUCUCGGCGACCUGUUGCGCUCCGUUGGUCAGAACCCCACCCAAGCCGAGAUCCAGGAACUCGUCGCUCAAGCCGAUCCUUCGGGUGUUACGACCAUGACGUUCGAUACGUUCACAAAGAUCGCUUUGCGCCCGGACGGAUUCAAGCCUGCGGGCACUCCCGAGGAACUCAUCGAUGGAUUCAAGGCCUUUGAUCCCGAAAACACCGGAUCCAUCUCUGUCACAGAACUCCGUCAUGUGCUGGCGACUAUGGGAGAGGCAUUGACCCCGGAAGAGAUCGACGCAUUCCUGCAGAGCGCCGCCAUUGACAAGGACGGAAACGUCAAUUACGAGACCUUUGUCCGAGAUCUCUUGGCAUAGAUAUAGAUCCUUUCUCUAACCCUCGAAUUUCCUUCUACGCAAAAAAAUAAAAUAAAAUAAAUAA